GGCGGAGUCCGUGACGGAUCAUGCGAUGUCGCCGCGGACCGGCCGGACUGCCGACCCGACUCGAACGCCUCGAUCGAUCGAUUCGAUAUAAAUAUCCACGACCGAGCAGCACAGCCCCAUCGUUCCAAAGCAACCGAGCGAAACACACGAUCGUGAGGACUCGCCAAAAUAGGAAAGAGCGGCCGCCGACGACAACCAGAUGCAGGUCUUCGUGAAGACCCUGUCGGGCAAGACCAUCACGCUGGAGGUGGAAAGCAGCGACACCAUCGACAACGUCAAGGCCAAGAUCCAGGACAAGGAGGGCAUCCCGUCGGACCAGCAGCGGCUCAUCUUCGCCGGGAAGCAGCUCGAGGAUGGCCGCACGCUCGCCGACUACAACGUGCAAAAGGAGUCGAUGCUGCACCUGGUGCUCCGCCUCCGCUGCGGCACCACCAUCAAGGUCAAGACGCUCACCGGCAAGGAGAUUGAGAUCGACAUCGACCCCACCGACACGGUGGACCGCAUCAAGGAGCGUGUCGAGGAGAAGGAGGGCAUCCCGCCUGUGCAGCAGAGGCUCAUCUUCGCCGGCAAGCAGCUUGCCGAUGACAAGACUGCCAAGGACUACAACAUCAAGGGUGGAGACGUGCUGCACCUCGUCCUCGCCCUCAGGGGCGGUGGCUCUUGCUAGAGCCGACUAGUCAUAGGGUAUAGCUGUCGUUUUUGUUACGUUAAUAUUUUGGUAGUUUAAAAGAUCAGUUAUUUUUCCUGUUGGUGUGGAGUACUAUUUAGAACACUUGUUCUUUAAUUUCUAAAGAGGGAAAAAAUGUAUGAGCUGGUAACCUCACCAAUCUGCACAAUAGACGUUCAUAUUAUUUUGUAUAUUUGAGAUGGUACUAAUC